AUGCGCCACUCAUCUCGCGCCACAGCUGCUGCCAUGGCAGUAACCGCCAACGCAGCCUCGCUGACCGACCUCUGCACAGUAUCAAAUGUGCAAGCCUCUCUCCCUUCCAAUGGCACUCUCCUCGGUCUCGAUUUACUACCUGGGACUGUGACUGCCAGUGCUGUCUACAAUGCUACCCUUGGAGGUGGUGGCAUGGCAUCGUCAACGAGUACUGAUGGUACUACCUAUAACUACUGUAACGUCACCGUUAGCUACGCCCAUACCGGAAAGGGCGAUGCCGUUCCCCUCAUGUUUGCCUUCCCCGAGCCUUCAAACUUUGCCAAUCGUUUUUACCUUUCUGGUGGUGGAGGCUAUGCACUGUCUAGCGAUGCUACUGGAGGUCUGCCAUAUGGCGCUGCCUCUGGAGCCACAUCGGCAGGCUACGAUGCUUUCAAUCAGAACUUUGAUGCGGCGGUAUUAUACGGUAACGGAACCAUCAACUGGGAUGCCACCUACGCCUUCGCCUACACCGCCCUUGGAGAGUUGACGAAAAUCGGAAAACCGGUCACACAGGCCUUCUAUGGGCUGAAUGAUACCAAGGUCUACACUUAUUUUGAGGGGUGCUCUGACGGUGGUCGCGAAGCUAUGAGCCAAGUUCAGCGCUGGGGUGAGGAGUACGACGGCGUUGUGGCUGGUGCACCCGCAUUUCGCUUUGCCCAGCAGCAGGUUUUGCAUGUCUACCCUGCCUCCAUCAACGCUAUCAACGACUACUACCCCCCACCAUGCGCAUUGGAUAAGAUCGUCAACGCAACGAUUGCUGCUUGUGAUCCUCUUGACGGACGUACUGAUGGUGUCAUCUCCCGUACCGACCUUUGCAAACUCAACUUCAACCUUAGCUCUUUGAUCGGUGAAAGCUACUACUGCGCUGCCCAGACCAGUACCUCCCUCGGCUUCGGCUUCAGCAAGCGCGGUCUCAACAAGCGUCAGAUGCCAGGAAGCCAGACCAGCGCUCAGCCCGAACAGAACGGCACUAUUACUGCUGAUGACAUUGCGUUAGCGCAGGGUGUCUACGAUGGUCUACACAACUCCAAGGGUGAGCGCGCAUACCUAUCUUGGCAGAUCGGCUCGGAGCUUAGCGACGCUGAGCCGACGUACAACAAUGCGACCGGCGAGUGGGACCUCAGCAUCCCUUCCACUGGUGGCGAGUAUGUGACCAAGUUCGUCCAGCUGCUCGAUUUGGACAACCUUGCCAACCUUGACAACGUUACCUACGAUACACUUGUAGAAUGGAUGAACAUUGGCAUGGUCCGCUACCUCGACAGCCUGCAAACCACGCUCCCCGACCUCACUCCUUUCCAAUCUUCCGGUGCCAAGAUGAUCCAUUACCACGGCGAAUCUGAUCCUUCCAUCCCCGCUGCUUCCUCGGUCCACUACUGGCAGUCUGUCCGGUCAAUCAUGUACCCCAACAUGACCGAUGCUGAAGCUCAGGAAGCCAUGGCUGACUGGUACCAAUUCUACCUCGUUCCCGGCGCGGCGCACUGCAAUGCCAAUGCCCUUCAGCCUGGCCCUUACCCGCAAGAUAACAUGGCUACCAUCAUCGACUGGGUUGAGAACGGAGUGAAACCCAGCCGCCUCAACGCAACGGUGGCGUCAGGUACAAACGCUGGCGAGAUGCAACAGCUUUGCCAGUGGCCUAGCCGGCCGCUUUGGUCUGGAAACAGCUCCGAUUUCGAGUGUGUGGAGGACAAGGCGUCCAUCGAGAGUUGGACUUACACUUUUGAUGCUUUCAAGGUUCCGGUGUACUAG